GGCGGAGCGGGGAUGAGCGGGCGAGGGAAGCAGGGCGGCAAAGCGCGAUCGAAAGCCAAGUCGCGAUCAUCGCGAGCCGGCUUGCAGUUCCCCGUCGGUCGAGUUCAUCGUUUGCUUCGUAAAGGGAAUUACGCGGAACGGGUGGGAGCCGGAGCUCCGGUUUAUUUAGCGGCCGUGAUGGAAUAUUUGACGGCUGAGAUCUUGGAGUUGGCCGGCAACGCGGCGAGGGAUAACAAAAAAACGAGGAUCAUCCCCCGGCAUUUGCAGCUGGCGGUGAGGAACGACGAGGAGUUGAAUAAAUUGCUGGGAGGAGUCACCAUCGCGCAGGGGGGGGUCCUGCCCAACAUCCAGGCUGUGCUGCUGCCCAAAAAGAGCGAGGGCCACAAGGGGAAGUGAAGAAUUCCGACC